GGCACUUAUUCAUUGUGAAGCUCUUUUUCACUUUCCGCGAUAUAGGUGGUGAAAAUUGAGCCGCAUUUUCAACUCCUGGAUACAUUAUGACGAAGCACGCACUCGCAGGAAUUGUGAUUCUCUGCUUAGUUGCGUAUCCUGCGUACUCCUUGGAAGAUGUGGACGAUUUAUUUGACUCAAGCGAGAAUCUGCUAGAAACAUAUUUCUCUCACUUGGGCGAAUCCAUCUUCGGCAUUCCAGACUUAUCAACAGGUGACGAAGUGUCGAAAUGGAGUCCAGAAAUGCUCGUGAACCCAGAGGAACUUGGCAAAUACAUGGAAGGGGAUAUUUUAUUCCCCACGGAUGGGCUAUCACGCAAUGGGCUAAGAGCCAAAUCUUCGCGAUGGCCUGAUGCUACCGUGUACUACCGGAUCAGCCCCGCAUUCACGUACAGGGAGCAGGCCGUGAUCCUCGCUGCCUUCGACGACUACCACAACAAGACGUGCGUGCGCUUCGUGCCGUGGUCCGGCCAGCGGGACUGCCUGCGCAUCGUGAAGGGCAACACGGGCUGCUGGUCGUCGGUGGGGCGGCUGGGCGGCUGCCAGGACCUGAACCUGCAGUCGCCGGGCUGCCUCUCGCAGAAGGGCACCGCCAUCCACGAGCUGAUGCACGCGCUCGGCUUCAACCACGAGCACACGCGCUGGGAGCGCGACCGCCACGUGUCCAUCCGCUGGGGCAACAUCCAGAAAGGCCGUGAAAAUAAUUUCCAGAAAGCUAGCAAGAAGACUACCGAUGCGCUGGGGGUGGACUAUGACUACCGCAGUGUGAUGCACUAUUCUCAGUAUGCCUUCUCCGCAAACGGUCAGCCAACUAUUGAACCAAUGAACAAGAUUAAAGGCAUGAAGCUGGGACAACGCGAAGGUUUCAGCAGAGGUGACAUUAAGAAGAUCAACAGAAUGUAUAAGUGCAAUAAUAAGAAGCGAACAAAAUAAACUGAACAGGAAAAUGUUUGGUAUGAUUGUUACAAA